AUGGCCAGCCUCGGUCUCGGCACGAGCACAUCCCUCGUCAGGAGGCAGCUCCUCAUAACGCCGUGCCGAACGGCCACGACCCCCCGACUCCUCGAUGCGACGCCCACGACCCGGUCUAGGCUGCUCAGCAGCUCCGCCUUCCGCCUCCACGCCGCCGCAAAACCGGCGCUCAAGACGAUACCGAAGCCCUCCGCACCGACGGCCAAGGCGCGGGGGGCGCAACCUGCUGCGCAACCGCGCCCGCCAGCGACGCCGACGCGAUACGCCUUCGUCAAGAGCCUAGGCUCCAAGACGACGCCGACGGUGCUGUACGAGUCACCCUCGCACUUUUGGUUCUACUUUGGCUGCUGGACGAGCGGCGUCUCGAUCCUGGCGUGGACCGCGCUGACCGGGCCGACGGUCGUGACCCAGCCCGAGGGCACCCCCGAGUGGGUGGGCUACGUCUUCGAGGCCGCCUACGUGCUCCUGGGCUCCAUGGCCUUUUACCUCCUCUCCAAGACGCCCAACAUUGUCCGGUCGAUCCGCCUCCUGCCACCCGCUGCUGCUGCUGCGGCGACGUCCUCCCCCGCGGCGCCCCGGGUUGCCGCCAUGCCCCGGCUCGAGGUCACGGUCAACCGCAUGGUGCCCGUCCUGAAGCCCAGGGUGCUCGUUGUGAGCCUGGACGACGUCGCGCUCAAGUCGCGCUUCUCCCUCCCGGACAAGUACGUGCCGGAGCUGCAGCGGCGCGCGGCGGCGGCGGAGACGCGGGAGACGCGGCGAAGGUUCGACAUGCAGCACCUGCUGACGAUGCCGUUCCGGCACGUUGGGCGCGCGGUGGCCGGUUUCUUCCAGGGCGUGCGGGCGGCGUGGACGGACAUGGGGUUCGCGACGAUCAGAGUGCGGGGCAAGGAGUUCAAGGUGGACGUGACCAGGGGCUUCGCGCACGAGGGGUUCAGGACGCUGGAGCGGCUGGUGUCGGUUGGGUACAAGAGCGGUUGA